AGUAGAAGCAGUAGCAGCAGUAGUUGCAGCAGUAGCAGCAGUAGUAGUAGCAGCAUUAGCAGUAGCAGCAGUAGCAGCAGUAGCAGCGGUAGCAGCAGCAGUAGCAGCAGUAGUCGCAGCAGUAGUAGCAGUAGUAACAGCAGCAGCAGCAGUAGUAGUAGCAGUAGCAGAGGUAGUAGUAGCUGGACUAGCAGAAGCAGCAGCAGUAGCAGCAGU